AUGUCAUGGCUACCGGUCCACGUCGCUGAUCAAACAUCGAAGACUCGGCCCAGUGGAGGUAAUACUGAAACCAGGUCUGAUGUUGUUCUCAAGUACCAGCAUAGCAUUCCUCAGACCUUGCCGCCUCAGUAUGGGGGGUCUCAAUCCGAGCAGCCCCGCAUUAGGUACCCAUAUGUUCGCGCGGGUGUUGAUACCAACAUGCCUCAAUGGGAUCAUACCGACUUCAGCAUGAGUGAACUGGAGCACGCCCUUGCCGCAAUGCUUCGAGACGCGGAUAAUUUUGAAGCAAGAGAGAAGCGACAGCAUCAUGUUCGCCGCGACUCAGGCUUCAUGAUGUCUGCCCCGGUCGAGCAGCCUUCGCCACCCAAGAAGAGCAGCACGAAAGGCGCAGUGGCACGUGCUGCCAAGCCACGAUUGCAAAGUCUUGCGGCCACUCAUCCUUCUCAAUACAGCCAACCUCCCGCUCAGGCCACCGCAAGCACAUCGCUCCAACCUCAGUCCGACAAAGCUCAGUCCGACAAAGCGUCGACAGAGCCGCUCGGCGAAGCUCGUCCGAACUCGAGUUCAUCAAUACUACCGUGGCAGAUUCACUCUGAUCCCAAGGAGUUGAACCCUCCCUCGCUGGCAAAUCACGGCCAGACGGUUGGAAUGCGUAAUGCAGAUAUCAAAACUCCGAAUGUUGUCAGCCCUGUCCGAAUGACCACUCUGCCUUUCGGCACGAUGAUUGAAGUCGCUCACGAUUAUGACGCGAAGAAUGACGAGGAUUCUACAAAAAAGUGA